AUGUCUGAUAAUAAAAAAACAUUUUGUGAUGAUAUGCGAAAAGCAACGAGAGAAAUUCAUGCAAUAAGCGAUGCGUUGGUCAACGCUAAAUUAGCAUUAGGUUUGCAUAAUAACAAAAUAUGGGCUGAUGGGCUUUUGAUAUUCUAUGAAAUAUUUAAAUUUCUAGAAAAAUCAAUUGACGCUAAAAUCUAUGAGAAAAUAGAACGUUUUCAAUUUUUGUAUGACUUGAAACGGUCACAAGCGAUUGAAGAUGAUUUGAAUUAUUAUUUAAACAAAGAUUGGUUGAAAAACUACUCUCCUAGGUAUGAAAAUAAUUUAUAA